UGCAUUAGCCGAAAUCCUGCGGGGAUAGAGUAAAGUGCUAAGGCUUGUUGUUGUUGUUGUCGUCGGCAAAAUGGCGUCUGGCGGUGAGGCCCCGGAGUCAUGGUACCUAGCUCUGCUCGGUUUCGCGGAGCAUUUCCGCACCUCGAGUCCGCCCAAAAUUCGUCUUUGCGUCCACUGUCUCCAAGCUGUAUUUCAGUUUAAGCCCCCGCAGCGGGUCGAGGCCCGGACUCACCUCCAGCUUGGUUCCGUACUAUAUCACCAUACCAAGAACAGCGAGCUUGCCCGGAACCAUCUCGAAAAAGCGUGGUGUAUAUCUCAGCAAGUCCCUCAGUUUGAAGAUGUUAAAUUUGAGGCUGCAAGUCUUCUUUCAGAACUCUAUUGCCAACAGAAUCUCGUGGACUCUGCCAAACCUCUUCUACGCAAGGCCAUCCAGAUUUCCCAGCAGACUCCAUACUGGCACUGUCGACUGCUGUUUCAACUGGCUCAACUGCACACACUGGAGAAGGACCUGGUAUCUGCCUGUGACCUGCUAGGGGUUGGGGCUGAGUACGCCAGGGUGGUCGGGUCUGAGUACACCAGAGCGCUGUUUCUUUUAAGUAAAGGAAUGCUGCUGCUGAUGGAGCGAAAGCUGCAGGAAGUGCAUCCCCUGCUCACCCUGUGCGGCCAGAUCGUGGAGAACUGGCAGGGGAACCCCAUCCAGAAGGAGUCCCUGAGGGUUUUCUUCCUGGUGCUGCAGGUCACACACUACCUGGAUGCCGGUCAGGUUAAGAGCGUCAAGCCCUGUCUGAAGCAGCUACAGCAGUGUAUUCAAACCAUCUCCACUCUCCAUGAUGAUGAGAUUCUCCCUAGCAAUCCAGCCGACCUCUUCCACUGGCUACCUAAGGAGCACAUGUGUGUGCUGGUCUAUCUGGUCACUGUGAUGCACUCCAUGCAGGCUGGGUAUCUAGAGAAGGCACAGAAAUACACAGACAAAGCGCUCAUGCAGUUAGAGAAGCUGAAAAUGCUGGACUGCAGUCCCAUCCUUUCUUCCUUCCAAGUCAUCCUCCUGGAGCACAUCAUCAUGUGCCGACUCGUCACCGGCCACAAGGCGACAGCAUUGCAAGAGAUAUCCCAGGUUUGCCAAUUGUGCCAGCAGUCUCCCAGGUUAUUCUCCAACCACGCUGCUCAGCUCCAUACUCUACUAGGUUUGUACUGUAUCUCUGUGAACUGCAUGGACAAUGCAGAGGCACAGUUCACAACUGCACUUCAGCUGACCACACACCAGGAACUGUGGACCUUCAUCGUGACCAACCUGGCGAGUGUCUACAUCAGGGAAGGGAACCGGCAGCAGGAGCUUUACAGUCUUCUGGAGAGAAUCAAUCCCGAUCGCAACUUUCCUGUAAGCUCCCACUGUCUGCGAGCGGCCGCCUUCUACAUCCGAGGACUUCUCUCCUUCUUCCAGGGGCGCUACAGUGAAGCUAAGCGGUUCCUGCGGGAGACGCUGAAGAUGUCCAAUGCUGAGGACCUGAACCGCUUGACGGCGUGCUCUCUCGUCCUGCUGGGCCACAUAUUCUACGUGCUGGGGAACCACAGGGAGAGCAACAACAUGGUCGUCCCAGCAAUGCAGCUGGCAAGCAAAAUCCCAGACAUGUCUGUUCAGCUGUGGUCCUCAGCCCUUCUGAAAGAUUUGAACAAAGCCUGUGGGAAUUCCAUGGAGGCGCAUGAAGCAGCCCAGAUGCACCAGAACUUCUCCCAGCAGCUCCUCCAGGACCACAUCGCUGCCUGCAGCCUCCCAGACCACAACCUCAUCAGCUGGACAGACGGCCCACCACCGGUGCAGAUUCAAGCCCAGAAUGGUCCCACCACCAGCCUGGCCAACCUGCUGUGAGUCCAGCCAGGGCCGGAGCCAAGCCCACACUGUGAGAGGGGGACCGGCCCACUCCUGAAUCCAGUGCUUCAGGCCUCAGUGUUUUUAUUGACAGUCCCAUAGACGUGCUGUUAAGGUGAUGUCCAUGGUGGGGAAUA